AUGUUUUCAAUCUUUGCGAGCCUUCUCGAGUUGGAGUUCAUUGAGCUGGACAGUGAGAGCGAUCUCGUGUGGCAUCCGGAUGUUCGGAUAUUCAGUGUCUGGGAUGACGAAGCCGAAGAAAACAAGUUCCUUGGAUAUGGUCAUGCGGCUAACUUUAAUCUUCAGCGGGGAUUCACCGACACCAACGGAAAGCAAAGCUAUCCAGCCACAGCAUUAGUCUGCAACUUCACCAGACCUACCCCAGUAAAGCCCAGUCUGCUGAAACACAGCGAACUCCUUAUGCUCUUCCAUGAACUAGGCCAUGGGAUUCAUGAUCUAGUCGCGAAAACCAUCUUCGCCCACUUCCACGGUACAAUGAUUGUGAAUGAUUUUUGCGAACCACCAUCUCACGAAGCUAUACAAGACAUGAAUACCUCUCAGGUGUUCAACUUUAUUCGGAAGACCGAGGCCUUUGUAGAAGGCCCUGAAGUGCAGCAUGGACGUCAUUUAUUAGGGGCUUAUGAUGUCGGCUAUUAUGAGUAUCUCCAAGCUGAGCUUUACGCUCUCGACAUGUUCUCGACCAUUUUCCAAUCCGACCCGCUAAACGCGAAGCAAGGCCGUCGGUUCGGCCGAAUGAUUCUAGAAAAAGGCGGAGGUCAGGAUGAAAUUAAGAGUUUGCUGGAUUAUUUGGGCCGAGAGCCGAACUUAAAUGCCCUUUAUGAGAGAUUGGGGAUCAAAUAGAGUGAGUUUAAAUGAUGCAAAAGAUCGAUAACUCAACCACACGGUCUAUUAUCUUAGGUAAGAUCAAAA